AUGACUUGCAGUAAACGGAAAGAUUUUGAGACUUCUGCUAAAGAGUUGGAAGAAUUGCGACGUAGGGCAAGUCCCAAGGAGCGGGUUGGGCCAGGCCAGGCUCUUAAGAUGGCUAGCUUGAAUAUCUUCGAGAAAGGUGAAAUCAUUGAUUUUAAGGAUAUCUACUUCUGCGGUACGCACAAGGCGAAAAAGCAUGUCAGCGAUCUUAGUGCCCAAGCUGCAAAUUUUGGAUACGAUGAUGAACGCGGCGAUUACAACAUCGUGGUCCGAUGUGUUGACCAUAAAACCGGUUCUCUCGUUGCGGUGAAAAUCAUCAGAAAUAAGAAGCGAUUUCACCAGCAGGCACUCGUUGAAGUAAAUAUUCUGCAGAAGCUUAAGGAAUGGGACCCUCACCGACGUCACAGCGUAGUGAACUUUACUCAAAGUUUCUACUUCCGUGGUCAUCUGUGUAUAUCGACUGAACUUCUAGGAAUGAACCUGUACGAGUUUAUCAAAGCUCAUGACUUCCGUGGAUUCUCCCUCAAGCUCAUCCGCCGGUUUACGAAGCAGUUGCUCAGUACUUUAGUCCUUUUACAUAAGAACAAGGUCAUUCACUGUGACUUGAAACCGGAAAACGUACUUCUAGCACACCCUUUGCAUUCAGAAAUAAAGGUGAUCGACUUUGGCUCCAGCUGUUUUGAAAACGAGAAGGUGUACACGUACAUUCAGAGUCGCUUCUACCGCUCCCCUGAAGUUAUAUUGGGCAUGUCAUACGCGAAUUACUUCUGGACCCGCUUCGUCGACGAUACGGCCGCUCCCCAAUCCCCCAUCCCUUAG